AUAUCCAAAUCUGGAGAAUAACUUUUAACCGUAUGGUGUCAAGAUGGCACAUGCAGGUGGGUCUUAAUGGUUUGAGUUGAGUCUUUAGACAGAGGACUGAUAAAUGUUGGUGUUCUUCUGCACAAAUUGAUGAUGACAGAACACUAGUUUCUUUAGAGUUUGAAAUGUUGAAAGGAUUCCUCUAAUCCUACCUUAGCUCUUGAUUUAGACUUUGAUAGGUUCAUUCAUUGGACCCAUCUCAGAUUUUCCUUCUUAGUUCUGCUACUGCAAUUUCUUUCAAGAUCAGAAACUUCGAUAUUAUUGAAACUAAUCUUGUUUCCAUGCAUGAUUUUACAGUUGGUCUUACUUUGUUUUGUGUCAGAAAUUAACUUAUAGUUUAUGGUUUGAUGGAGGAGAAAAAAAAAAAAAAAAAGCUUGCCCCAUCUUACUACUCAUCAAACACAAUCCAACGUUAACUCUGAAAACAGAUCUCCAACCCAAGAAACCUGCGAUCUUGAUUAACUUAUUAUUCAAUUGGAUAGGAUAGUCUGGCCAAUUUCUUCUUCACUACUUGUAGCCCUAAGCUCAGUUUCUCGGUAAGGAUUAAGAACAUAAGGUUGACCCGGGUCAGACACGCUAAAACAAGAACACCAGAGUCAGACAGUUAAAUAAAACAGUUGAAAAUGAGCUGUACAUCUUUCUGGAAGCAUUUAAAACAUAACCCUGAAUUCCUACACCAAAUGAGGCGGAAUUUUUCUAGUUUUCGAACUUCUUAGGACUCUGCAUAAAAAUAAUAGCUUAGAUUAUCUCGACAAUUAGAGACAUUUUGUAGCAUAAUCAGUCAUUUCCUGACAAACUAUAUCCUAGUUCUUAUCGUCACAUUUAUCUUUUCCUGUCCAUAGCUGUGUUUGUCUCGGUCUCUUGUCCCCCUAUAAUCCUCCUUACAAGGAGGUUGGGAUACUUCUCAAGCAUUGCUAGCUAGCCAUUGAUAUCAGAUCACAUCAGCUGAUUCUGAAAAUGGGUUCAAGUCGAACAGAUGGCUCUGGCAAAGAGCGGUUGCGUUGGACACAGGAGCUGCAUGAUCGGUUUGAAAGGGCUGUGAAUCAGCUUGGUGGUCCUGAUAGGGCGACUCCUAAAGGUAUCCUGAAGGCUAUGAGCAUUCCUGGACUUACCAUCUACCACGUGAAGAGCCACUUGCAGAAAUACAGGAUCUCAAAAUUUAUCCCAGAAUCAAACAAUAAAGGCAAGUUUGAGAAGAGAACCAUAUCAGAACUCCUGCCAAAUUUCAGUGCUACAUCAGGUGCGCAACUUAAUGAAGCAUUAGAAAUGCAGAUGGAAGUACAAAGGCGACUAAGUGAUCAACUUGAGGUUCAAAAGAGCUUGAAGCUUAAAAUUGAAGCACAAGGAAGAUUCCUCGAAAGAAUUGUGGAUGAACAUAGAAACCGAGUGGCACUCCAAAAACACAGUAAACAAUUCUCUCCAACAUCACUCCCUGCUCUCAGUGAGGAAUCGGAAUCAAACAGCAACGCCAAGGAAUUGGAUUCCAAUUCGGAGGGCGACAGAAUUGAAAUGCAAUAUGAAGAUGAUUUUCAAGCUCUCAAGAGGCUCAGGACAGAAAAUGACGUUUUGCCAUCUCGAUACAAAAUUGAAGAAAUCAAUCCUGGUCCUUACAAUAAUCAAAAUAUGGGUCUUCAAGAUGAAGCAAAAUUCAAGUUCUCAUGGACUGCUAUGUCAUGCUCUUCGCCUCUAGUGCCAAGCUUUUUCUGAAGAGCUUAAUUAAUACUGUUUUUUGAACACACACACACACACACACAUAUAUAUAUAUAUGUUGGACUGCAAUAAAGGAAUAAAACCAUAUGAUAUAUACAGAGAUAUUUUGGUUAA